AGUGACUCUGUGUGGUGCUCAGCUGCCUGCUGGAGUCAUGGCAGCCUUUUACUGGAUGCUCCUGCUGUUCACAGUGGCGUCUGUUGGCACUGUUGCGACUCACAAGUCCCAACGGACCAAAAGAGGCAUACUGGAGCUGGCGGGAGCCAUCAAGUGCAGCACAGGGAGGAGUCCUUUUGCUUACGUGAUGUAUGGGUGCUACUGUGGGCUGGGGGGUCAAGGCAAGCCCAAAGAUAAAGCUGACUGGUGUUGCCACAGACAUGACUGCUGUUAUGGAGUUGCAGAAGAUAUGGGUUGCCAUACCAAGACAGAUCGAUAUCAGUGGAAGUGUGAUGACAAGACUGCUGAGUGUGAUGAUCUGGAGGACACAUGUAAAAAGAUGCUGUGCAAGUGUGACAGAGAUGCUGCCAAAUGUUUGAGAAAAUCACCCUAUAAUACUAAAUAUCGCUACUGGCCUGAUUUUCUGUGCACCGAUGACCAAGUGACAUGUAAUGUUUAUUCGAAGGACAGAGAAACUUGGCUUAAAAAUAUAUUGAAAGAGAAGUAA